AAUUCGAAAUUCAUGUUAAAAAAAGUAUUUUCACUUAAAGUGUCGAAAAGAUGUUGAAAUCUGCUGUGUAAACUUUUUAAUCUCUCAGCAUGUGGCAAAUUUUAGUAUAUAGACAUGUAGGUAUAUGCAUAAAAACAGCAAGAAAAGAAUGAAAAAAAGAACAAGUACUAAGAAAAAGAUAAAAGAUAAUUUGGAGCAUACAAAGAAAUGAGUGCAGGAACUCGAAAUAUUGGAGAAACAUUUGUAAAUAAUGGAAGGUGAACAGCAUCACUAUGAUUUGAGGAGCCGGAGUAGAUCGAGAUCUCAUACUCCAAUGAUAUUCAAUCAGUUAACCGAGGCGGAGUAUGAACACCAUUAUGCUUUGCGAAGUAAAGAAAGUAGAGAAAGGUCCCAUACUCCUAUUGAAGUAUCUAGCAGUAGGAGAUCAGGUUCACGAUCUCUACCUAGCAGUGUUAUGAAGCAGAAAGACCAGAAUAUGGAAACGAUAUCAGAAAAUCGAGAAGAAAUUCAACCGGAAGGGGAAAAUGAGAAUGGACGGGAGAAAUCUAUUUCUACUGUGAAAAAACCUGAAAGGAGAUCUGAGAGACAAAGAGUCAAGCGAAAAAUUUUUGCCAACGGUCAGGAAGAGUCAAAAGAAGGAACGUCUGGUGAAAAAACAGAACAGAAGCGCAGAAGUAUGACACCCAAAAAGACAGUGACGAGUGAUUAUUCAUCAGAAGAAGGAGAAAGAGAAGAUCCACCAAGUAGACCUGGAUCAGCUUAUGAAAUAUAUAAGCAGGCUGGGGAUUGGUGGAAUGUCUUUCCAAAAACUGAUUAUACAUAUUCACAAACAUCUCAGUGUCGCUAUGAAAUAGCACCGGGUGUGAUGGCAAUGCCUAAUAUGUCUCGGCCAUCUAUACACUCAGAUUGUAGUAGUGCUAGCAGUACUUUGUCAUCGAGUCAACGGAAUUCAAGCCAAUUGAUUGAAUGCAGAGAGGGCCACGUAGAUUCCUUAGACGGUGAACUCAGUGAUACCAUUGAACAAAAUCGUCUUAACGAAGAAAAUGCACGUUUAUUAUCAUACGAUAUGAAAAAUUCUUCUGCACGUUUAGUUUACAAACAAACUCAAAUUGAGAGAUUUAGUCAUCAUGCCACAGUUUUCUAUGGCGAUUCGAACAACUUACAACAUCGCUUUUCGCAGGUCGACUCUGAUACUGAACUCGAUGAAGCAAUACCACAUAGAUUGCAUAGUCAGAGUAAUAAGUGGUGGAUAACUAGGUGGUUUCAAACAACAACAAGCAUAAUAAUAUUGUUAUUUGUUAAUAUAUUUGAAUUUAUUAAUAGUAAAAUACUCAGGAGAAAGUCAGUUUCUACUAGUCAUUAUCAAUAUCGAGAAUCUAGAUGGUCUAACACGUGGACUCAACUUGAUUAUGCUUUACAGUACGUGUACCUGUUUUUAAUAAAAGUACUUUUUCUCGAUUCUUGGCUGCUAAGUCGUGGUGCAAACUUCCGUAAAAACUUCUUAGCACGACGUUCAAAAUUAAUCUGGUUACUUUUAUUGCCCUUACUUUCAUUGGCAGGUUGUUGGUUCAUCACAAAUGCACAAACAAUUAUAUCUACACUUCCAAAUGUUCUUCCGAUGUAUGUAAUCAAUGAAAAAAAGACAACCUCUAUUUAUCCAAAUGAUAAACUAAGAGAGGAGUUAAGUGCUAAUUCCAACGGUGCGGCUUAUGAUGAAAUACGCCGAUCCAUAGCUGUAUUAAUGGAACGAAUAGAUAAAUUAGAGGCUUCCAAUAAUAAUGAAAAGGAAUUGAUAGAAAAUAUUACUGAAAUGGUAGACAAAGCAGAAACAUAUAAAAAAGACAACUGGGAACUUUAUAAUAAAAAAUUAUCUCAUUUGGAGGAAAAAAUAAAUAAUAGAAACGUUGAUACAACAAAUGAUGAAUUAACAACUAUAAAACUAGAAUUUAACAAUCUCCAAAAACUCUACGCACAGUUAAAGAUAGAUUGUGAUAAAAAUACCAUAUCAUUGUCCAAUUAUAAUUAUGCUUUGGAGGAAGAUGUAAGAAAAAUAGUCGCUAGAUAUUUUACAACAGAAGUAUCUAGAGAAGAAAUUGAAAAAAUCGUUAGAGAUGUUAUUAUAGAGAGUAAUAAUAUUGUUAGAAAUACUACAAACUCUUUAAACGAAGUUACUAAUAUAAAAGAAGAGUGUCAAAGUGAUUGUAAAAAGAGUGAAAACUUGGUUUCAUUAUCAGAGGAACAAAUGAAAAAAUUAGUAAAGGAAAUUUUAAAAAUUUAUGAUGCUGAUAAGACGGGAAGAGUCGAUUAUGCUUUGGAGUCCGCUGGAGGGCAAAUAAUUUCCAUUCGUUGUACUCAACGGUAUAAUGUGAAUACCAGAGCCUUUAAAGUCCUUGGCUUCACAUUGUUUUAUGAAAGUGGUGAUCCUAGGACCGUAAUUCAGGGACAUCAAUUACAACCAGGAGUAUGUUGGGCAUUCCAAGAUUUCCCUGGGUAUCUUUUAAUAAAAUUACGAAGCUCAAUAUUAGUUACUGGAUUUACUUUGGAGCAUGUUCCAAAGUCUAUUUUACCAAACAAUGAAAUCAAAAGUGCGCCUAAAAAGUUUAAUGUAUGGGGUUUGAAGCGAGAAAAUGAUGCAAACCCAGUUCUUUUUGGUGAAUAUGAAUAUUUAGAUAAUGAUGAAAGUUUGCAAUAUUUUCCGGUUCAGAAUAAAGAAAUUACUGAGCCUUAUGAGUAUGUCGAGUUGAGGAUACACAGUAAUCAUGGGCAGCUUGAAUACACUUGUCUUUAUAGGUUUAGAGUUCAUGGAAUGCCUCAAUAAAAGUCCAAUGAACAUUAAAUUAUUAUAAAUUAAAUUAUUAAAAUUAUUUUAUCAACAAGACAUUUUAAGUCUUAAAAAAUACAUACAGUAAUUAUUGAUACUAAUGAAAAUUAAAAUUUCAAUUAAAACCCGCGUGCCUUGAACAUUUAUAAAUAAAAGAAAGCUAUAAUCGUGUGAUUUUUAAUUAUGUCUGAUGAAAAAUUGCAUGACUUAUGACAGUAGAUGAAAACACAGUUUCAAAAAAUUGUACAAAUAAUUAGUUUAAAGAAAUGAGCGCAAAAUUUUUUAUAUUAAAAAUAACGCGAUAAAAAUUAUGAUUAGUUCAAUCCUAACAUUAAUUUUAUAUUAAUGAGAGUUGAAAAAACAGAAUUUCUUUCAUAAAAAUUUUUUGUUUACUUUUAGUGUCAUGUUUAAUUUAAAUUAUACUAAUUAUGUAGACAAAAUGAUAAUUUAAUACUUAUAACUUAGUUAUUAAGAAACUUAAGCAACAUCACCCAAAGUCAAAAUAAGUUGUAAUUAUCAUCCUAUAAAGUACAAAUUACAAAGAAAUCCUUGUUUUAUGAUUUCUAGCAUAAAUAAUUUUAUUACAACUUAACAUUAUUAUAUUAUAAAUGUAGGGAUAAUAACACCAAGAAUAAUAUUACUUAUAAUUUGCAUUUGUCUGAAUAUUUGUAAUCUUUUUUAUUGCGAAGAUAUGCCUCAAGAAAUCACGUACAAUGAGGGGCUACAAAUUGUGAUUGAUAUUUUACUAAAAAAUUCAAAUAAAUAAAGUAAAUAGACUAAUAGAUAGAAAUUACCCAGAGGAUGGACGAAUUAUUUAAAUUAUUGAAGAAUAAAAAUUUAAACGUAUUGCAAAAAUAUAUUGUGAGCUCUAAGUUAAUAAGAUCUAAUUAAUUGGAAAAAUACUAAACUCUUUUAAUAUAAAUUAAUUUUGUACAUAUAAUGAUUUUUUUCUUUUGUUAAUCUUUUGGUCAUAACUGUCAAUAUAUUGACGUGUUUACCCGAAGUGAUUUGUAAAUCAGUAAAUUUAUCAAAUUUUCACAGCCUAGUUUGGGUGCUUGUCCAUUGAUCUCAACUAGCAAAAUUUGCAUAAUGCUAUCGAAUUAUUUUUGUGUGCUUUUAAUUUUGUAUUCGACCUAAAGAUUUUCAGUUAAUUGUGAGAAAGAAAUUUUGAUAUUAAAUAAAUACUUUUGGAAAUACGUACAUUAAUUGAUAAUUAAUAAUUUAUUAACGAAUAGCACUUGCACGAUGUCAGAUUAUUUUUUUAUGCUUUUUGAUGAUGCUUUAAGAUGUUUUGUGUUUUGUACAAACUGUGUAGAUAGUGAAUCAAUUGUGUUGUGUUCUAAAGGUGUUUAAAGCACUAUUUUUUGAGACGAAAGAAUACCCAGCUAUUAAUGUACAGUUAAUUAUUGUAGAUAUAAUAAAAUAAAACAAAAAUUCUUACAUA